AUGGUAGCAGAGGCUGGCCCAGAGUCCCCACCACAGGAUGCCACAGAUACCGUUCUGGAAAAGGCUCUGACGUGGAGCAGCGCCCCGGCCCGGCCCCCUACCCCGACCCCGACCCCUACCCCCCCAGAGAAAAGGCAGAACACAGAAUAUGAGAGACCUCUCCCCUCAAAGCACCUGCUCCUGCCCUUCCCUCGGCCCCAGGCUUUCUGGUCCCAGGCUUGUGUUCAACUCCCAGAGCAGCUUCGCCGGGCCAGCGGGAUGUUGGGCGCAGGUUCCCGACCACAAGCACCAAAGCAGAGGGGCAGGCAGCACACGGCCAGGCAGCCAGAGUACCAGCCCAGCCAUGGUCCCCGAGGAGUGACUUUUAAGGCCUUCACAGGCUCUGUGCCCUCCCUCCCUCCACAGAUGAGUGAACGCCAAGAGUUCCAAGUCUCGGAGCUUGACUUCCUCCUGGAAAACUCUUCCUAUGACUACGGAGAAAACGACAGUGACCCCUGCUGUGCCUCCCCACCCUGCCCGCAGGACUUCAGCCUCAACUUCGACCGGGCCUUCCUGCCCGUCCUCUACAGCCUCCUCUUCAUGCUGGGGCUGCUGGGCAAUGGCGCCGUGGCGGCCGUGCUGCUGAGCCAGCGGGCGGUCCUGAGCAGCACCGACACCUUCCUGCUGCACUUGGCCGUGGCUGACGCACUGCUGGUGCUGACGCUCCCGCUCUGGGCGGUGGACGCAGCCGUCGAGUGGGUCUUCGGCUCUGGCCUCUGCAAAGUGGCGGGUGCCCUCUUCAACAUCAACUUCUACGCAGGGGCCCUCCUGCUGGCCUGCAUCAGCUUCGAUCGGUACCUGAGCAUCGUGCACGCCACCCAGCUCUACCGCCGGGGUCCCCCGACCCGCGUGGCCAUCACCUGUGUGGCGGUCUGGGGGCUCUGUCUGCUCUUUGCACUCCCGGACUUCAUCUUCCUGUCCGCCCACCACGACAAGCGCCUCAAGGCCACCCACUGCCAGUACAGCUUCCCGCAGGUGGGCCGCACGGCCCUGCGCAUUCUGCAGCUGGUCGCCGGUUUCCUGCUGCCGCUGCUGGUCAUGGCCUAUUGCUAUGCCCGCAUCCUGGCUGUGCUGCUGGUCUCCAGGGGCCAGCGGCGGCUCAGAGCCAUGAGGCUGGUGGUGGUGGUGGUGGUGGCCUUUGCCCUUUGCUGGACCCCCUACCACCUGGUGGUGCUGGUGGACACCCUCAUGGAGCUGGGGGCCGUGGCCCGCAACUGUGGCCGAGAAAGCAGUGUGGACGUGGCCAAGUCGGUCACAUCGGGCAUGGGCUACAUGCACUGCUGCCUCAACCCUCUGCUCUAUGCCUUUGUGGGUGUCAAGUUCCGAGAGCGCAUGUGGAUGCUACUCAUGCGCCUGGGCUGCCCCAACCAGAGGGGCCACCAGCGGCAGCCUCCGGCUUCCCGCCGGGAUUCAUCCUGGUCUGAGACCACAGAGGCCUCCUACUCAGGCUUGUGA